UUCUUUCUGGUCGUGCUCCUAUACACGAGGUGAGCGAACGCGACGUCGACUCCUAUUUUACGGGGAAUUUAAGGGUGCACAUCGUCGAAGAAUGGUUGACUUUGAAGAUGCACAAGGAGCCCCCAAGGGGGAGGUGGAGGCCCCUGAACUGCCAGAGAUCAAGCUCUUUGGCAAAUGGUCCCUAGAUGAGGUGCAGCUCAGCGACAUGUCCCUCCAGGAUUACAUUGCUGUGAAGAAGUACUAUGCCAAGUACCUGCCCCACUCUGCUGGCCGCUAUGCUGCCAAGCGUUUCCGCAAGGCUCAGUGCCCCAUUGUGGAACGUCUGACCAACUCCCUCAUGAUGCACGGUCGCAACAACGGCAAGAAGCUCAUGGCUGUCCGCAUUGUCAAGCACUCCUUCGAGAUCAUCCACCUCCUCACUGGAGAGAACCCAGUUCAGGUUGUGGUGAAUGCAAUCAUCAACUCUGGUCCCCGUGAGGACUCCACACGUAUUGGUCGUGCUGGUACUGUCAGACGUCAGGCUGUUGAUGUGUCUCCACUGCGUCGUGUUAACCAGGCCAUCUGGCUCUUGACCACUGGUGCCCGUGAGGCCUCUUUCCGUAACAUCAAGACCAUUGCUGAAUGUCUUGCUGAUGAGCUCAUCAACGCUGCCAAGGGAUCAUCCAACAGCUACGCCAUCAAGAAGAAGGACGAGUUGGAACGUGUUGCCAAGUCCAACCGUUAAGUGAAAAUAAAUACAUUACUUGUCA